GUAGGGGCAUAAGUGUCAAUGACCCACUGAUUAACAGCCCUAGUAGUGAUGGCUAAAGCUUAAUUGGCCUAUGAAUUGUUAAAAUUGGCCUUUUCCUUACUGUACACAUCCUUGCAAAACCCUACCAGAAGAACGUCUCUGAUGCGUAUUUUUUGUCACUGGAUAGCUAUAAUAUCAGAGUUGUUUGCAUACAUAUUGAAUUUAGCCAGCAGUUCAGUAUGCCUGAAAACAAGCCUGUAAUUGGCCUUUCAUGGGAACCAAAGCUGCCUCAAUUAUCAUUUGGGACCAAAAAGAGCUCCAAUGAUGUGCCCGGAACCAGUGCAGUAUACAAACCUAGUUCGGAACUCGUCGACGGCCUAUUUGUUCCGCCUAAUGAUCCCAAAAAGGUGAACAAGUUUCUACGAAAACAACUCAAGGAUACAGCUGGCAAAAAUUGGUUUGAUAUGCCUGCCCCAACGAUUACUCCGGAGCUUAAAAGGGAUCUCCAGCUAUUAAAGUUAAGGGGUGCCAUGGAUCCGAAAAGACAUUACAAGAAGGGUGGCUCAAAAUCAAAAACACUACCUAAAUAUUUCCAGGUCGGCACAGUAAUAGAGCCAGCAUCUGAGUACUACUCUGGUAGACUGACUAAGAAGGAGAGAAAGACAACACUUACUGAAGAGCUACUUUCCGACCGUAAACUUGGGGAGUACCGGAAACGCAAAGUUCGCGAGAUUGAAGAACAUAAUCGUCCAGGUGGUGUGGACAAGUGGAAGAUUAGAGGUCCACAGUCAAGGCAGCGUGCAAAACAAAGGCGGCAUUGAAGCUAGAGCGUUCCAGAAGCAUCGCUUACCAUUUUUCCCAUCUGGCCAAUUGAGA